AUGUACAGCACCCGGGGCUGGCUGGUUAUCCUGAUGCUGGACUUUGUUACUGCUCAGCAAUUUCCCAUGGGGUUCUCGUAUGACAUGAAUAUUCCUUCAUUGACUCAACCCUGUCGAGACGCUCUCAACGGCACGGUCGACUGUAACUGGCAACUGGCGUUGUAUAACACGGAAGAUAUUGAAUUGACUGCGAAAAAUCUGACCACACUAUGCGUCUCUGAUUGUUACAGGUCUUUGCUACACACCCGUGGUGAGAUCCAAUCGGCCUGCUCUGGGGAAUCGAACCACAUCCCCGUGGGUGGGGAUAUGUACCCGGCUACACAACGGAUUGAGAGCUUGCUUGAUACAUACAACAAGACAUGCUUGAGAGAUCAGGGGACCCAUCGUUUCUGUCAUGACAUCAUGCGUUCGUGGCAGGCGGACCUCACCAGGGAGCAAAAAUGCUCUUAUUGUAUGCUGAAAACACGACAACUCGGCCUGAGUUCCGAUUUCUCAUACAACCCGCACGCUCUCGAAGAGUUCGCCUCGUUGACCUCGAGUUGUGGCAAGACUGGCUUCGAGCCGACGAUGCCCACUCCCAUCGUGACUCGCAGUAGCAGCACAUCGACAGCUCCUUCAGUGACACCAUCCUGCGCAUCUACCUACACCAUCAAGACUGACGACACUUGCAGCGGCAUCUGCAAGGCGCAAAAAGUGUCCACUGAUGCUUUGACUGUGUUGAAUGGAUUGCCCGCGUACUGCAAGCAUUUUCCAUCUGCGGGCACAAAGCUCUGCAUGCCACCCAAAUGCGCCAUCUACACGGUUGCGGCUAACGACACCUGUCAAAGUGUCGCGAAGCAGCAGCCAGGAUACGUCACAGUUACCCAGCUUCAGUCGUGGAAUCCGAAUCUGAAUGGACUUUGCACCAAUAUGGGACAUCAAGUGGACAUGCAGAUCUGUGUGAGCCCGCCAGGAGAGGAAUCGAUAGACACAACAACUGCCAUCCCAACAACUAAACCAACACCAGUACGCAGUUCCAUCGGCCCGUGUAGUGGUCCAGGUUCUCCAGAAUCCUGUUAUCGCGACUACGCGAGCCUAUCGCCCACUCCAUUUGGAUCUCAUGCAAACCACACAUCACAGAGUGCCAAACCCACCGGGUCUGCGCCAGCAUAUACUCCAAACCCACCUGCACCUGGGACGGCGUCUCGCGCGAGCUGUGCUCAAUACAUCUCGUAUCUUGACACCGGCGAUAAAUCCCUGGAUAAAACAAUUAAUAGUUGCGGGGGUAUUGCGAACCUCU